AUGUCUCUGCUUAACCCUGUCCUGCAACCCCCCGGGGUGAAGGCCUAUCUGAGCCAAGGGGAGCGCUUCAUCAGAUGGGAUGAUGAAACAACAAUAGCCUCCCCGGUUAUCCUCCGGGUGGAUCCCAAGGGCUACUACUUGUACUGGACAUAUCAGAGUAAGGAGAUGGAGUUUCUGGAUAUCACCAGCAUCCGGGACACCCGCUUUGGGAAGUUUGCCAAGAUGCCCAAGAGCCAGAAGCUCCGGGAUGUCUUCAACAUGGACUUUCCUGACAACAACUUCCUGCUGAAGACGUUCACCGUGGUGUCUGGCCCUGACAUGGUGGACCUCACCUUCCAUAACUUCGUUUCCUACAAAGAGAACGUGGGCAAGGACUGGGCUGAAGAUGUCCUGGCUCUGGCUAAGCACCCGCUGAUGGCCAACGCCUGCCGCACUACAUUCCUGGACAAGAGCCUGGUGAAGCUCAAGAUGCAGCUCAACCCUGAAGGGAAGAUUCCUGUGAAGAAUUUUUUCCAGAUGUUUCCUGCUGACCGCAAGCGGGUGGAAGCUGCCCUCAGCGCCUGCCACCUCCCAAAAGGCAAGAAUGAUGCCAUCAAUCCCGAGGACUUCCCAGAAUCCGUCUACAAGAGUUUCCUCAUGAGCCUUUGUCCUCGGCCAGAAAUAGAUGAGAUCUUCACAUCCUACCACGCCAAAGCCAAACCCUACAUGACUAAGGAGCACCUGGCCAAAUUCAUCAACCAGAAACAGCGCGACUCCAGGCUCAACUCCCUGCUGUUCCCGCCUGUGAGGCCUGACCAGGUGCAGGGCCUCAUCGACAAGUAUGAGCCCAGAGGCAUCAACGUGCAGAGGGGCCAGCUAUCCCCCGAGGGCAUGGUAUGGUUUCUCUGCGGGCAAGAGAACAGCGUGCUGGCCCGGGACAAGCUGCUGCUGCACCACGACAUGACGCAGCCACUCAACCAUUACUUCAUCAACUCCUCCCACAACACCUACCUGACAGCUGGCCAGUUCUCAGGCCUUUCCUCUGCCGAGAUGUACCGCCAGGUGCUGCUGGCGGGCUGCCGCUGCGUGGAGCUGGACUGCUGGAAGGGGAAGCCCCCUGAUGAGGAGCCCAUUAUCACCCAUGGCUUCACCAUGACCACAGACAUCUAUUUCAAGGAAGCAAUUGAAGCUAUUGCAGAAAGUGCCUUUAAGACCUCCCCUUAUCCGGUCAUCCUGUCAUUUGAAAACCACGUGGACUCACCCCGCCAACAGGCUAAGAUGGCCGAGUACUGCCGAACGAUAUUUGGGGAUAUGCUGCUCACAGAGCCACUGGAAAAGUUCCCACUGAAACCAGGCAUCCCCCUGCCCAGCCCUGAGGAUCUCCGAGGCAAGAUCCUCAUCAAGAACAAGAAGAACCAGUUUUCUGGUCCUGCAGCCCCCAGCCAGGAGCUGGGUGGGGAGGCUGAGGGGAGCGGCCCACCCGAUGUCCCUGUGGGUGAGGACACAGUGCUGAUGGAGCUGUAUGUGGCAGCGUGGGCUGGUGAGGAAGGGGCUGAGCUGGAGGAGGAAGAGGUGGAAGAGGAGGAGGAGGAGUCAGGAAGCCUGGAUGAAGAAGAGAUGAAGAAGAUGCAGUCAGAUGAGGGCACAGCGGGCCUGGAGGUGACGGCUUACAAGGAGAUGUCCAGCCUAGUCAAUUACGUCCAACCCACCAAGUUCAUCUCCUUCGAGUCCUCUGCCCAGAAGAACCGAAGUUAUGUCAUUUCCUCCUUCACGGAGCUCAAGGCUUACGACCUGCUCUCCAAGUCCUCAGUGCAGUUUGUAGACUACAACAAGCGCCAAAUGAGCCGCAUCUACCCCAAGGGCACCCGCAUGGACUCCUCCAACUACAUGCCCCAGAUGUUCUGGAAUGCUGGUUGCCAGAUGGUUGCCCUCAACUUCCAGACGAUGGACCUGCCCAUGCAGCAGAACAUGGCGCUCUUUGAGUUCAACGGGCAGAGUGGCUACCUCCUCAAGCAUGAGUUCAUGCGUCGGUUGGACAAGCAGUUCAACCCCUUCUCGGUGGACCGCAUCGACGUGGUGGUAGCCACCACCCUUUCCAUUACGGUGAUCUCUGGGCAGUUCCUGUCAGAACGCAGUGUGCGCACCUAUGUGGAAGUGGAGCUGUUUGGCCUUCCUGGGGACUCCAAGAGGCGCUAUCGCACCAAACUGUCACCCAGUACCAAUUCCAUCAAUCCUGUCUGGAAGGAGGAGCCCUUUGUCUUUGAAAAGAUACUGAUGCCUGAGCUGGCCUCCCUCAGGGUGGCUGUGCUGGAGGAUGGCAACAAGUUUCUUGGACACCGCAUCAUCCCCAUAAAUGCCCUGAAUUCUGGAUACCACCAUCUGUGCCUGCACAGUGAGAGCAACAUGCCGCUCACCAUGCCUGCGCUGUUUGUCUUCCUGGAGAUGAAGGACUAUGUACCUGACACCUGGGCAGAUCUCACGGUGGCCCUCGCCAAUCCCAUCAAGUUCUUCAGUGCCCAUGAUAAGAAGUCUGUGAAGCUCAAGGAAGCCAUGGGAGGCCUGCCUGAGAAUCCCUUCCCUCUCGGGAGUCCAGUUGCCCACCAGGUCAAUGGGUCAUCGGCUCCAACGAGCAACGGGUCAGCAGGUACGCACUGCGGGGUCCCCCCACCUACCGGAAGGGUCUCGACCUCUCCGCUGCGCUGCACCGGUAGGCACAUCCCAGACGGGCGGCAGUUCUCUAUAAAAACAAAAACAACCCCGAGAAAACUUUCACCUGGGGAGGGAACGGCUGCAUGUGAAGCCUCGGGCUGGGCAGUGCGCAGCAGGGGGCCCACACCGCCACCCCCGGGAGGCGCGGGAGCGGCCGAGCCGAGGGCACCGAGAGCCUCUCCUUUGGCUCUUGCAGCAGCCGGGGCCAAGGCCAGGGAGGAGGCCACGAAAGAAGCUGCGGCAGAGCCGCGGACCGCCAGCCUGGAGGAGCUGCGGGAGCUGAAGGCCGUCGUGAAGCUGCAGCGGCGGCACGAGAAGGAGCUGCGGGAGCUGGAGCGGCGCGGCGCGCGGCGCUGGGAGGAGCUGAAGCAGAGGGGCGCGGCGCAGCGGGCCGAGUUCGGGACGCCGGGAGCUGGGGGCAGCGGCGAGGGCCGGGGCCGCAAGCUCGGCCCGGGGAAAGGCUCCCGCAAAAAGAGGACCCCGCCGGGCGUGGAACCCGCCGGGGCGGCGCCGGCCGAAGGACCCGAGGGCGCGGACGCGCGUCUGCGAGAGCUGAGGGAAAGGCUGGAGCUGGAGCUGCUGCAGCAGGGCGAGGAGCAGUGCGAGUGUGUCCUGAGGCGCAGGGAGCAGCAAGUGGCCGAGCAAAUGACCAAGAUGAUGGAGCUGGCCAGAGAAAAACAGGCUGCAGAGCUGAAGACCCUCAAGGAGACUUUGGAGACUGACACCAAAGAGAUGAAGAAAAAGCUGGAGGCCAAAAGGCUGGAGCGGAUCCAGGCCAUGAUGAAGGUCACCACAGACAAGAUGGCUCAGGAGAGGUUGAAGAGAGAGAUUAACAACUCCCACAUCCAGGAGGUGGUGCAGGUCAUCAAGCAGAUGACGGAGAACCUGGAGAGGCACCAGGAGAAGCUGGAACAGAAGCAGGCAGCCUGCCUGGAACAGAUCCGGGAGAUGGAAAAGCAGUUCCAGCAGGAGGUGCUGGAAGAGUACGAGGCCAAGAUGAAGGGCCUGGAGGUGGAAGUGAAGGAGUCGGUGAGGACCUGCCUCAGGGCCUGCUUGCCCUCUGUGGAGGAGGACAAGCCUGAGAGGCCCUGCAGGGUCUCCAGGGAGCUGUGUGAGCAGGAUGCACUCACAGAGAAGACAGAUGCCCAGGAGAGCCUCCUCUGAUGCCCCCAUGCCCUUGGGACGUUCUGCAAGGACAUUCACCCUUCUCUGGGACGUGGGUCCAUUCCCCAUGGAGGAAAGGGCCCCAGCACUGUGAAGCUGUGGGAAGCUGGAGCUCCCUUGGACUCUGGAGCCCCUUUCUCAACAGCCAGGCUAAGUAGGAGGCAGGAACCAGGCCAUCUGGGGCCCAUCUGGGGCCUGGAGGUCCUCUCCAAGCCAACAUCCUGCUCCUCCUCCUUCCCCUUCCCCUCUGAAUAAGUGUCUAUCACAUGUUUGAUGAGGGCAAAAGAAUAUGAACUUGGAGGCAGGAAAUGGGGUCCUGGCCCCACUCUGCAUUUCCUAGUGUGCCACUCUGGACUCAGUUUCCUCACCUGGAAGGUUAGGCCUGGCCACCUGGAACCUCCACUCCAUCACCUGUAGUUCAAGCAGGUCCAAACUCCAAACUCUCCUGCCAUAAGGCGGGCAGCUCACCCUGGCUUCUAGGCCGCAUCUUGGGCUUGCCCUGAGUUGGCCUCAUUGUCAGCUCCCUGACACUCCCAGCACUUCCUUCCAGCUCCCUGGGUACAGCUGCUCCCAGGAUCCCAGACUAAGGUGCUUUCCCUGCCUCCUGCCCUUGGGGGAUGGGAGGCUGAUGAGGAAAAGCUGCCUCAGCUGUGUGGCCCUCAGGCCACUGAGACAACUGGGGCUGCGGGUGAGGGGAGAAGGACGGCCUUUUGUGCACUCUCCUACCCAGAGCCCAGCCACCCCUUUUCCUAGGCCUGGGGGGUACUUCCCAGCAUGUGCCCCCGCUCAGGCUGUCUGACAAGGUCAGCACCAUUUUCUCUCCUGACUUUAUGAGGUUUAUUUAUUUUUCUCUUUCUUACUCCUACUAAAG